GCAUAACAAAAUAAAAGUACAUCCGGUUUUACCGGAAACACGUGACCCGGAUGUUCUCCUGUUUCCGCGGGUCUUUCAGGACAACAACACACAACUCUGCGCAACACUGUGAGCAAAAAUGGCGGACGUAAACCAAAUGGAGAAGAAACUGGCUGAAUACAAGUGUGACACCAAUGAAGCAGUCUGCCUGAAGCUAGCCUGAUGAUGUUGAAGGGAAGGUUCGGGAGAUAAUUCCUGCUGGUUUCACCUCCAACACGGACGACUUUAUCUCCCUGCUGGAGAAGGAGGCCAAUUUCAAGCCCUUUGGCACCAUGUUGCACUCUUACACCAUCCACAACGAGGAGGCGGGAGAGCUCACCUACCAGGUUCACAAGGCCGACAUCACCUGCCCCGGAUUCCAAGAGUACCACGAGCGCCUGCAGACCUUCCUCAUGUGGUUCAUCGAGACUGCCAGUUUCAUUGACACAGACGACGAUCGUUGGGACUUCUUUCUUGUAUUUGAAAAGUACAAUAAAGACGGGGAGACUCUCUACGCAACUGUUGGCUACAUGACAGUUUAUAAUUACUACGUAUACCCAGACAAAACCCGACCACGUGUAAGCCAAAUGCUGAUUCUGCCUCCGUUCCAAGGAGAAGGUCAUGGUGCCCAGCUCCUGGAGGCGGUGCACAGGUUUUACUGCAGCCUGCCCAAAGUGCAAGACAUUACAGCUGAAGACCCCUCAGAGAACUACGUGAAGCUCAGAGACUAUGUUCUGGUGAAGCUCUGCCAAAGCCUGCCGCCCUUCGCUGCCGACAAGUUGCCCCUCGGCUUCUCGGCGGACAUGAUCAAAGAGGCGCAGGAGAAGCUGAAAAUCAACAAGAAACACGCAAGGAGAGUGUAUGAAAUCUUGCGUUUAAGAGCGACAGACAUGAGUGAUGAAGAACAAGCAAGAGCGUAUCGGUUAGAGGUGAAGAGGAGGCUCUUUGGACCGUACAGAAAAAACCAGAGGGAACUGGCAAAGAUGAAGAAGUGCCUCCGACCAGAAGAGCUGGUGUCCCACAUGGGCCAGAUGGACACUAAGACGCAGCACGAGGAGUUGGAGAAGAGCUAUCAGGUCAUUGUGGAAGACUACAGGAGAAUCAUCGAGAGGUUAGCGUCGCAGGCCUGAUCUGAUUGUGAGAUGCUGCUGAACUGAGGUCCGGUCUGUCCUGAAAGCCCACAUCACCACAGACUUUCACUGCAGUGUUACAGAAAUGUUGAAGCUGGUGAUAGGCUGCAACAGAGAUGACCUCUCUUGUUUUCCAGAUGACGCUGAAAAAGUAGAGCAAGUGAGAAUUUCAACUGGACGGUGUGACUUCCUGUUCGUUUUAUGCGUUUAAUCACAACGUGAUGUUAAAUGAUGUUUAAUAUUUCACAGGGAUUCACAAAGUCCUGCAGAGAAUAUCUGUUGUUUUUUUCCUCCAUAAUAGAUAUUUUUUUCAUUUUCUGUCUAAACUUUCCAGUGUUUUCUGAAGCACUUGCUUCAUAAUGAAAUAAAAAAGUGGUUUUGUAUGUUCUAAUGGGUUUAUUCCUAAGAGGGAAAAAAUAAUAAUAAAAUCAAGAAAAUAAGUUUUA